GUCACCAGCAUCAGGUCAUUUGGCUCGCCAGCGGGCACCGUGUCAUCUGGCAAGGCAGUGGGCACCGAGUCACCAGGCACGACAGUGGGCUCCGAGUCAACUGGCAUUGGAUCGUCUGGCCCGACAGCGGGGCAUCGGGUCACCAAGCAUGACAGCGGGCACUGGGUCAUCAGGCAUUGGAUCGUCUGGCUCGACAGCAGGCAUCGAGUCACCAGGCAUGACAGUGGGUACUGGGUCAUCAGGUACCGGAUCGUCUGGAUCGACAGCGGGCAUCGAGUCAACUGGCCUAAUGGAUCAUCAGGCUGGAUCAGUUCAUCAGGCUGGGUAGAAACAUCAUGCUGGGUGGAGGCAUCAGGCUGAAUGGAGGCAUCAGGC